CUAGAAACAGUAAUGGAAACAAAACGACAGAGAAGAACUCCAACCGGGUAAAAUUGUUUCAAAAAGUAGUAUUUGAACAAUGCCAAUGACGACAAUGUCUCCAUCCAUUCACUUGAUUCUUUGCCUUUUCCUCUUUCUCUUCUUAUCCCCUUUUCGAUGGCAAGUCCCUCCGCAGCAGCAGAUCCAGCUCAACACAAAUACCUCCAAUGCCUAACCAACCAUUCAUCCACUCCAAUCUCUCAAGCAAUCUACUUCCCCACCGACCCUCUCUACACCUCCACUCUCCAAUCCAACAUUCGCAACCUCGUUUACGCCUCCGAUUCCACCCCGCGCCCACUCUUCAUCGUCGCCGCGACCCACGUCUCCCACAUCCAAUCCACCAUCCUCUGCUGCAAAGCCCACGGCCUGCAGCUCCGAAUCCGCAGCGGCGGCCAUGAUUUCGACGGCCUCUCCUACGUCUCACCCUCCCCCUUCGUCCUCCUCGAUCUGUUCAAUCUCCGGUCAGUUACCAUCGAUGUCGAAUCCGAGACAGCCUGGGUCGAUUCCGGCGCAACUCUCGGCGAGCUCUACCACGAGAUCGCCGGGAAUAGCAAGAUCCUUGGGUUCCCCGGUGGGGUUUGCCCCACCGUCGGCGUCGGCGGGUUUCUCAGUGGAGGUGGGUACGGCAACUUGAUGCGAAAACACGGAUUGUCGGUGGAUAAUGUUGUUGACGCGAUCAUCGUCGAUUCCGAUGGGAGGGUUUUGGAUCGGGAAGCUAUGGGGGAGGAUCUUUUCUGGGCGAUUAACGGCGGCGGCGGCGCGAGCUUUGGGGUUAUCGUCUCCUGGAAGAUAAUGUUAGUCCCUGUCCCCGAAACCGUCACCGUUUUCAGAGUCGAAAGGACGUUGGAGCAAAGAGCAUCCGAUGUCGUUUACAAAUGGCAGGUCAUCGCCGAUAAACUGCACGAAGAUCUGUUCAUCAGGGUCGUGUUAAUCCCGGUUCCGAUAACCAGCGGCGAUGAAGAGAAAUUCACGAUAAAGGCAAAAUUCAAUGCUCUGUUUCUGGGGAAAACAGAGAGGCUGAUGGGUUUAAUGGACCAUGAGUUUCCUGAACUGGGUUUGUCUCCGGCGGACUGUCUGGAGAUGAGCUGGAUUGAAUCGGUGCUUUUUUGGUCCAAUUAUCCACCUGAAACGUCGACAGAGGUUCUCCGGGAUAGACAUCCGAAGCCGGAGAAAUUCGUGAAGAAGAAAUCGGAUUACGUGCAGGAGCCAAUUUCCAAGGAGGGUUUGGAAGCGAUGUGGGAUAAGAUGAUUCAGCUCCGGAAACCCAUCCUCACAUUCAACCCUUACGGCGGCAGAAUGGGGCAGAUUUCGGAAAAGGACACUCCUUUCCCACACAGAGCAGGGAACUUGUACAAGAUUCAGUACUCUGUGACAUGGAAAGAGGAAGGGACGGAAGCAAGGCAGGAGAAUCUGGAGAAGAUGAGGAGUAUGUACGAAUUUAUGACGCCGUUCGUAUCGAAAUCGCCGAGGUGUUCGUAUCUGAAUUACAGGGACGUGGAUUUGGGGGUGAAUGGAGACGGGAAUGUGAGUUACGAGGAAGCCAGUGUUUGGGGGAUGAAGUAUUUUAAGGGCAAUUUUGAGAGGCUGGUGGAAGUGAAGACGAAGGUGGAUCCUGGCAAUUUUUUCAGAUAUGAGCAGAGCAUUCCUUCGCCUGCUGAUUUCCUAAGGGCUGGAUAAGUGUAAAAAGAGGGAAGAAUGAUAAGCAGAAAGUAAUGGAGGAUGGGUUUUGAAAGCUGCAGACUCGUCGUACGGUCACAAACUCAAGAUUCGGUGAUGCCAUUAUUGUUGAACUGGAGGAAUCACAGAAAGAGAAGCACAGCUGAUCGUGUAUAUAAGAGCAUUGUUGGGUUGAGCUACAACAAGAAAAAGAUAAAAGAUAGUUAGCCUUCUUCCUUUCGAUUUUUCCCCAAAAUAUAGGACUUACUAAAAUCAAUUCUCAUAACACCAACUUACACACUAAGAAAUUUCAAAAAUACAC